AUCUUUCCCUUCCCCUCUUCCGAACCCAGGCCAAACAAAAGCAAAAUCAAAUCGAAACGGAAUAAAACCCCUCUUCCCCAAGCACUAAUCCGGACGCGAAUGCUGCGCCGGUGAGGAGAUCUGCAGCGCCCGUGGGCACACCGGCGGCGGCGGGCAGGCAUGGAGGCCCAGAACGGCGGCGGCGGGGGCUCGCCGGUGGUCCUCAACGUCUACGACUUGACGCCUGUGAACAACUACCUCUACUGGCUCGGCCUUGGCGUCUUCCACUCCGGGAUCGAAGUUCAUGGUUUCGAAUAUGGGUUUGGAGCACAUGAUCUCCCAACAAGUGGGGUUUUUGAAGUGGAACCAAAAUGCUGCCCUGGCUAUGUCUACAGAAGGUCGAUAUGGAUGGGCACAACGGCGAUGUCUAGGGCAGAAUUCCGCUCGUUCAUCGAAACUCUGGCGGGGAAGUACAGUGGAAAUACGUAUCAUUUGAUUUCAAAGAACUGCAACCAUUUUACAGAUGAGGUCUGUAAGAACAUUACCAAAAAAUCAGCCCCAGGAUGGGUAAACCGGUUAGCAAGAGUGGGUUCCUUUCUCAACCGUCUUCUACCAAAAAGCAUUCAAGUCUCUACUAUUAGUCACGGAGCAACUUGUCCUGCAUACUCUGAUGAUGAUAUGGAUUCAAUAUCUUCAUCCACUAUUGGGGAUAGUGAUGUGGAUGAGCUGGACCAACACUUGCUACCAGAAGCAGUCGUUGAUCUUCAGUCUAUACAUGUAUCACCAAAACUUCCCAAAGAUCUCUGAAUUCUCUGAUCAUUUGGGUUCCCUGUCGCAGUUUAACAGUUGUACACCGCAAAAGGUGGAGCCGAUGUUUUGUGCCUUUCCUCGACCUAAUAAACAAUGCCUUCAGGUUUCUUCUCCCCAAGGGUCGAGUUAUUUUUGUUCAGUUGUACUUUUCCAGGCUGCUUGUUAUCCAAGUAUAGUUCAAUGUUGAUUGUAUUGAUUCUUUUCUGACGAGUAUUGUUGUAUACACACAUAGGAAUUGUCUGGUGACAAGGUCACUUUGUAACUCUUUUUUUGUUAGCUCCAUUCCACAUAUUGUUAGGCAUUAGUAUAUUGUGUUCUUGUGUGCUGCCACGUCAAUGCAAAAUGCUGCCAUUCUUCGCUGCCAAUGUCCUGAUGCUGUUAAGAGAGACGGGAUUGGCACCAAACUGUGGUCCUGUUAGCACAAAUUUGGAACCCCGGUCUAGCGAAAUGUUUGUAUGGCCACGGAAUGUUUUGUACCCAAUUAACAUCAUGUAACACCAAAUCCAUCUAUUGUAAUUUACAUGCUGAUUCUUCGUGUACUA